GCCUCCUCCUAUGGAAAUCUGGACUUCCAUGAAAACAAGGGACAGAUUCUCAAUGAUAAAGGAAAAAUUAGACAAGCUUAAUGAGACCUCAGAAGAGGCAUACUGGUUACUGAGGAAGAAAAGAGAUAGAGUCUCUGGAAUAAAGGAAGAGUUACACAAGCUCAAUGACAUUCUGAUUUCAAAAAAGCACAAUAUAAGAGAUGAAGACUUUGCAGUCUUGGAAGAACUAAACAAGCUGAAUGACAUUCUGAUUUCAGAAAAAGAGAAAGUGUUACUGAGUGACAUAAUAGGUACCUUCUCUGCAAUAAAGAAAGAACUGGACAAGCUCAAUAAGAAUUUUACUUCCGAAGGAAGAUGGUUUCUGUGUGAUGUUAACAAUGAAGUGUCUACAACAAGAAACGAACUGGACAAGCUGAAUAAGAUUCUGAAUUCAGAAAUGGAAAAAGUGUUAUUGAAGAUAAUAAGAGACAGAGUCACUAGGAUGAAGAAGGAAUUCAAAGAGCUGAAUGACUUUCUGAUUUCAAAAAGGAAAAUGUGGUUACUGAGUGAUCUAAGUGAUGCAUUGACAGAGAUAAAGGAAGAGUUGGACAAGUUGAAAUAUAUUCCAAUUUCAGAAAGAGUCAAUGUAAGAUACGAAGUUAAUGCAAUAAGAGCCAAACUGUACAAUCUGAGUGACUUUCUGAUUUUCAAAAGGGGGGAAUUGUUACUGAGUGAUAUAAAGGAUGCAGCCUGUGGAAUUAAAAAAGAAUUGGACAAGCUGAGCAACAAUUUAACUUCAGAAGGACACAAUUUAAGGGAUGAAGUCUUUGAAGUCACUGAAGAACUAAACAAGCUGAAUAGCAUUCAGAUUUCAGAACAAAUCAAUGUAAGAUACGAAGUUAAUGCAAUAAGGGCCAAACUGUACAUUCUGAGUGACGUUCUGAUGUCCGAAAGGAUCAAUGUAAGAUACGAAUUUAAUGCAGUAAAUGCCAAUCUGGACAAUCUGAGUGACUUUCUGAUUUCCAAAAGGAUCAAUGUAAGACACGAAGUUAAUGCAAUAAGGGCCAAACUGUACAUUCUGAGUGAAUUUCUGAUUUCCAAAAGGAUCAAUGUAAGACACGAAUUUAAUGCAAUAAAAGCCAAUCUGGAUAAUCUGAGUGACUUUCUGAUUUCCAAAAGGAUCAAUGUAAGAUACGAAUUUAAUGCAAUAAAAGCCAAUCUGGACAAUCUGAGUGACUUUCUGAUUUCCAAAAGGGUCAAUGUAAGACACGAAGUUAAUGCAAUAAGGGCCAAACUGGACAAUCUGAGUGACUUUCUGAUUUCCAAAAGGGUCAAUGUAAGAUUCAAACUUAAUGCAAUAAGGGCCAAACUGGACAAUCUGAAUGACUUUCUGAUUUCUGAAACGAUCAAUGUAAGAUACAAAGUUCAUGCAAUAAAGGCCAAACUGGACAAUCUGAGUGACUUUCUGAUUUCCAAAAGGAUCAAUGUAAGAUACAAAGUUAAUGCAAUAAGGGCCAAACUGGACAAUCUGAGUGACUUUCUGAUUUCUGAAAGGAUCAAUGUAAGAUACGAAUUUAAUGCAAUAAGGGCCAAACUGGACAAUCUGAGUGACUUUCUGAUUUCUGAAAUGGUGGAGUGGUUACUGAGUGAUAUAAAGGAUGAAGUCUAUGGAAUUGAAAAAGCAUUGGACAAUCUGAAUGGCAAUUUACUUUCAGAAGGUGUGGAGUGGUUACUGAGUGAUAUAAAGGAUGAAGUCUAUGGAAUUGAAAAAGCAUUGGACAAUCUGAAUGGCAAUUUACUUUCAGAAGGUCACAAUUUAAGGGAUAAAGUCUCUGCAGUCACUGAAGAACUAAACAAGCUGAAUGUCAUUCAGAUUUCAGAACAAGUGGAGUGGUUACUGAGUGAUAUAAAGGAUGCAACCUAUGGAACUGAAAAAGCAUUGGACAAUCUGAAUGACAAUUUACUUUCAGAAGGUCACAAUUUAAGGGAUAAAGUCUCUGCAGUCACUGAAGAACUAAACAAGCUGAAUGUCAUUCAGAUUUCAGAACAAGUGGAGUGGUUACUGAGUGAUAUAAAGGAUGCAACCUAUGGAACUGAAAAAGCAUUGGACAAUCUGAAUGACAAUUUACUUUCAGAAGGUCACAAUUUAAGGGAUGAAGUCUCUGCAGUCACUGAAGAACUAAACAAGCUGAAUGUCAUUCAGAUUUCAGAAAAAGUGGAGUGGUUACUGAGUGAUAUAAAGGAUGCAACCUAUGGAACUGAAAAAGCAUUGGACAAGCUGAAUGACAGUUUACUUUCAAAAUUUCACAAUUUAAGGGAUAAAGUCUCUGCAGUCACUGAAGAACUAAACAAGCUGAAUGUCAUUCAGAUUUCAGAACAAGUGGAGUGGUUACUGAGUGAUAUAAAGGAUGCAACCUAUGGAAUUGAAAAAGCAUUGGACAAGCUGAAUGACAAUUUACUUUCAGAAGGUCACAAUUUAAGGGAUGAAGUCUCUGCAGUCACUGAAGAACUAAACAAGCUGAAUGUCAUUCAGAUUUCAGAAAAAGAUGAAUUGUUACUGAGUGAUAUAAAGGAUGAAGUCUAUGGAAUUGAAAAAGCAUUGGACAAGCUGACUGACAAUUUACUUUCAGAAGGUCACAAUGCAAGGAAUGAAGUAAUUACUGAAGAACUAAGCAAGCUGUAUGGCAUUUGGAUUUCAGAAAGUAAGAAAUUGCUACUGAAUGAUAUAACAGAUGCUGUCACUGGGAUGAAGAAAGAAUUCCACAAGUUGAAUGAAUAUUUGAUUUCAGAAGAGGUUUUUCUUCCUGGGUUUGGUUCCUGCCUUGCACCCUGUGUUGGCUGGGAUUGGGUCCAGCAGACCCCUGUGACCCUGUGUUCGGAUUCAGCGGGUUGGAUAUUGGAUGGAUGGAUGGAAGAGCUAUUUUAUGAAGACGAUUUCCUUUUCAUUUCCUAUGAUGAUCUUAUCCUGAAUAAACCAAAAUCCAUCUGGAGAGCAGUGCUAAAAGAAAUGGAAGAAAGAGACACAAUUUCAUCUUUUGCCAAUGCAGAUCUUUGGAAUGCUUCUUUCGGCAUUCAACAAAACAUGAAAGGUUCAUCAAUCGAGAAGGAGGCUUUUGUGAAGGUCCUGAGCAACAGCAAAAUCUUAAACAGCACACUGGAGCAAGACAAGAAGGACAAGUGGAUAUUGGCUAAAGGUUCAUCAUUCGAGAAGGAGGCUUUUGUGAAGGUCUUGAGCAACAGCAAAAUCUUAAACAGCACACUGGAGCAAGACAAGAAGGACAAGUGGAUAUUGGCUGCAGGUUUACUGUUCGUGAAGAAACUGCUGGGGAAGAUGAAAAGUUUCAAAACCUUUAAAAACAAAAAGGUCAAGGAAAGCAAGGAGGUGGAGAAGUGGAUUGUGGCUGAAGAUAAAACAACCAUUCUGGAAGAGGACAAUAAUCUGGGGGAAACAGGAAAUUAUCCCCUGAAGAAGUCAAACAGCAUUGACCUUGUCAUGAACUAUAAAACAACCAUUCUGGAAGAGGACAAUAAUCUGGGGGAAACAGGAAAUUAUCCCCUGAAGAAAUCAAACAGCAUUGACCUUGUCAUGAACUUCUGAAGCAGCAAUAAUCAGAACAUUAUCUGAUUAUUGACAAUCUCAUCUUGGGAAUUAUCCAGCCUGAAAUUUUUACUUGCCAUUUUGCUUUGUAACCGCAUAUUUUCCUGCCUCAUCUCUGUGAUUUGAAAUGCAAAUGAAACAUCUCUGGCAGCUUCACAUUAAAAGCAGUUAAGCUACAGCUCAAAGUAAAGAUUAAUAUGUGAAAUUAUGCAUUCUCAUCCUUAUUAUGAGAGAAAACUGCAGUUUAUUCCAUCUGAAAAUCAAUAUGUGUAAGCAUUGAUACUGCCAGUGCACAGGGUUUGAGAUAUUUAGUUUUAAAAAUGAUAAAAUUCCUAUACUGGGGAAAAGGAUUUUCUCCCCUCUUUUUUGCUCUUUCGCUGGCUGUUGACCUUCCUCUCUUUCUCUUGAGUGGAGGUUGAAUUGAAUUUAGUUUGUUAAGUUUGACUUGUUUGCAUGGAAUGUUAUUUUCUUUUAAUAAAUUCAGUAAUUAAAAAAAUCAUUAAACUAUCUGGCUCCUCUGCCAUAACUUAGCAUUAUUAGUCUAUUUUCAUUAUAGCCUUAUUACUAAAUUGAUUGAUUAUAUUAACAAUAGUUGUAAAGUUUUUUGAUUAAUAGUUGCCAAAUCAAUACAUGACAUAAUCAAAUAGAUUGCUUAAGCAUUUAUUGAAACCUAAUUAAAAGAAGUGCCUGGAUAUUAGACAUGUGUUUUUUGCAUCAUUAAGUAAACAGUGUAGUCACAUAAAUAUCAUAUGUUUUAACUUCAUAUAAAUUCUGUAUUCAAUAAUCCAAAAAUAAAAAUCUUAACCUCA